AUGCAAUUACUAGACCCAACAGUUUUUCAAAAGUGUAACAGAGCAAUAGCAUUGAAAUUUUAUAGCUCCGAUACAAUUUACAGGCAGAUUAGCUACAGUCAAUUAUGGACAGACAUCCAAAGUGUAGCGUGCAUAUUGCGCGAACAGAAUAUCGAGAGAAAACUUGUAGGUGUGAAAUUGUGCCACUGUCCUGCGUUGAUCGUCGCGAUUGGAGGCAUUAUCGUGUCAGGAAAUAGCUUCUGCUGCAUAGAUUACCAAUCUAGCAAAGAGCUGUUAUCGGGCUAUGAAAUGUGUGCAGCGUUUAUUCUGGAAGAUCAUGGAUCGGAUCGGAUAUGCGAUGGUGUAAGCCCACAACUUGGAUUUCGAAUUGAUGCAAUGCGGCUUAUGCUAGCUCUCUCUGAAACCAGCACACAACGUGAUCCUGAGCUAGCAUUUUGUGUUCGAACGUCCGGCUCGACUGGCACACCGAAAACCGUAUACGUCCCCAAAUCCUGCAUCAUGCCUAAUAUAGUGUCGCUUGGCGAGAAGUUUAAGUUAACGGAGGGUGACGUUAUUUUUGUGUGCUCUCCACCAACGUUCGAUCCAUUCGUUGUCGACCUUCUGCUGGGAUUAAAUUCCGGUGCUACCCUAUUGAUGGUGGACAAUGCAAUACGGCUGUCAUCACAUCGACUGCUGCCCAUAAUUUCACCGGGUGUCACUUUCAUGCAGAUGACACCUUCCUUAUUUUGUAGGUGGAGCGCAAAAGACAUUUUAGAAAGGAUUCUAGGUCCUCAGACAACGCUUAGAACUCUAGUGUUGGGUGGUGAGAAGUUUCCGUUACUGCCGGUGGUGUUGGAUUGCCGUACAGCUGUGUAUAACAUUUACGGUAUUACAGAGCUUUCCUGCUGGAGUUUGCUUCAGGAAGUGUCCCUUUCUGGGCAGACCGCAGAUGUGCCGCUUGGAACACCGCUGGAUCCAUCGAUAGUAUUGCAGCUGCGAGAUAUCGAUACCGGUUUGGUGAAAACAGAAGAAAAUGUACAAGGGGGGACUCUCACAGGGCAACUAUUUAUUGGAAGCGUUACCAGGAAAUGUAAUAUAAUAGGAGAGGCUGAAGACAACAGCGACAUCCACCAGCUAGGUGAGCCUCUAUUUCGUCCGACCGGCGACCUAGUGGAACUAACGAAGAAGGGUGAAUAUGUCUUUCGUGGACGAUGCAAUAAGAUGAUCAAACGAUACGGAUGUCGAGUGAAUUUGGAGGAACUCGAAGAAGCAUUAAAAGAUCAUGUUGCUGUCGAGCAGUGUGUCGCAUGCGUAGUGGGUGAAAACGAUCGGUUGGUGAUGUUUUUCAAAUCGAGUAGAGCAGGUCAUUCGCUUCUAGAGGAUCUGUGGAAAAGCAUACGAUCAAAGCUGAAACCAGAACAGCUUCCAGAUGAGCUUCACCGCAUCGAAAGGUUUCCGUUAUCUGCCCACGGGAAAAUUAGCUCUCACAGUUUGAGAAAACUGUACGAGCAAAUAAAACAAAAAUCAUAUGCCAAACACGAACCGGUUGAAUAUUUUCGAGCCGAGCUUAGCGCGAUGGGAAUCGCAACAGAAUUCCAAAACAUUGAGCGAAACGAAUGUAAAAAACUGAAAAUGAGUUCUUCAUUCAUUGAUCGUGGUGGAACAUCGAUUGGCGCGCUUCGAUUGCAUGCAAGAAUGGAGGAGAGACUGAAUGUACGAUUGUCGGAGCUGCUUACAAUGUUGCUGAGCCCAAACGUUCCACUAGAAGAGGCGUUGAUUUAUGUUGAAAGGAAAGCUCAAGAUAUCGUUUCCGACCGCGUAUCCGGUAAUGCUUGGAGGGUUAAUAUUGAAAACAAAUUGAAAAUUUCCUCUCAACAUGACCUGGAAAAAUGUAUCGAUUCUCGUGCAGCGAUAACGUUUUGCCGCGGAACUGGUCAUAUUGUAAGCGUGGGUAGUCAUUCUGGAAUGGUGCUCACAAUCAAUUUCGACACGAACGCAGUCGUGUCCCGUUUCUAUCUUUCGGAUCGGAUUGAGUGUUCGAUUACUUUCUUCAGCCACGGCGACCACCCUGUGCUUGGCAUUGUCGGAUGUUAUGACGGGUUUUUGUACUGUUUUAAUCCCCUCAACGGAACCACUGUUUGGAAGUACGAUGCCGAAGGAAUGAUUAAAUGCACUCCGGUUGUGUUACCGGAUACAAAUACCAUCAUAGUGGGUAGUUACGGUUCCACCAACAAUUUGCACUGUCUAGUUGGAGUAAGACACAGCGUGAAGGUGCUGUGGAAAGUUAAAAUCGGCACGAAGGCAAUAUUAUCGCAACCGGUGGUUUUAGAUGGCGAAGGUCCAGGAUUCAUAUUUGUUGCCACCUUGGACGGUACAAUUGCAUCAAUCAACGUUGCCACGGGGUGCUGUGUUUGGAGCCACACAAUGUGUGUCAAUGUUCCGAUCUUUAGCACACCGGUGUUCCUGCGGAAGUAUAACAAAAUUGUAGUGUGUGCAGUGGAUGGAACAUUGAGGAUUUACGAUGCAUCGGAUGGAGGACAAAUGUCAACAUAUAAGUUUCCUGGCAAUGUAUUUUCAUCGUUUGAAAUUAUCAAACACUCACAUGAUAGUGUACAUCUUGCGGUAGGAUGUUACGAUAGGAACGUUCACUGCGUAGAGUAUUUGCCAAAAAAGCAGCAUGCUGUAAACGAGAUGUGGAAAAUUGAAGUUCAGUCCCAAAUCUACGCAACUCCCCUGCUUAUUGGGCAUUAUUUGAUGGUUUGCGCAUCGGUUGGAUUUAUUAAUUUAGUCGACUUACGGGAGAAAGGCGAUGAGUUGAAAGUUGUAGCCACUGUACAAAUGAAUGGUGAAUUGUUUGCUGCUCCUGUGGCCUGCGACAAUGUCGUAUUUAUCGGAUGUAGGGACAAUUAUUUGUAUAAAAUACUUGUGAAUGCGUAA